AGCUUAAUAAUCAGAGUCAUUAAAAUUCUCUUUUAACUGUGAAAAUUUUGGAAAAUACUAUGGCUUUUCUACAAUUUGUAUUUCUUCUUUUUAUUCUGGUGUCUACCGACGAGUAUGCAGCAGCACAAGUAGUUGAUAUCGGUGGCGUGUGGGAAAUAAAAUGUCCACAGGGCUGCUCCUGCCAGAUUCAAAAAUUCGCUGAUUUGCCGCUUCACCAAUGGCUCGAUCCAAAAUCGCAGAAUCAGGCUUUCGAGGGUCAACACGAGCAGGAACUCGAUUCUAUCUACGCCAAUGAACUUAUCAAAGUCGCCACUUGUGUCGUAUCAGAAAAUCCGGAAGAACUUCUGGCCACACUUCCUUCUGAUAUACAGGUUUUCACAAUUUUGGAAUCAGGAAAUGGCGAAACGGACAUUCUUCUUCGAUCCUCCGAUCUGCAACGAUUUCAGGAUUUAAUAUCUCUCGAGAUUCAAGGAAUGGAACGGGAAAAUUCGACGAAAAAAGGGAUAAAUCUUGAUAAAAGGGGCGGAAUCAUUUUAUCAGCAGACAGUCUACUUCCUCUUGGAAUGACCCUCUUAUACCUAAAUCUCGAACGCGUGACAUUAACAAGUCUCAGUCUGACAAAUAAAAAUCAGGCAAAUCUAGUCGUAAAGCCUGCAAUUCCACCUGAAGAAUCUUCCACAACUGGAUUGGUACCGAAAAACGGUUCCAGUCUUGCCGGACACAGGCUCAUUUUUUUGAGUCAACAAGUGGGCGAGAGCAAUGACGACAAAGAAAUUUUGCCCUACGAUGUUUAUAAACAAGAAGUCGAAGGCCGGACAGAAACUGGUGGACUUUUUACAGGAUUGAGUGCCCUGACUCACUUGAGAGUGUACAAUUGUGCCCUCCAGGACAUUUCCUGGCACAUGUUUGAUGGAUUGGACAACCUAAUUUAUCUCUCCUUGGAAAAAAAUGAUCUGAAAGUCAUUCCCGAAUUCUGUUUUUACGGGACGCCCAAUUUGAAGAAACUAUCUUUGGCUGAAAAUCAAUUAUUGACACUCAAUAGUGUCGAUCUUGCUGGACUUCUUUUGCUGGAACAACUCGAUUUGAGUGGAAACAAUCUGACUUUCUUGUCGGAACUUUCCUUCCCUCCAUUCCCGACACUGCAAGUCGCCGAUUUUCAGAAAAAUCCUAUCGAUUCGAUUUUUCCGAGCACCUUCGAAAUAAUGAACCGGACCCUGAAACUUUAUAUUGGCGGCGAGGGAGCAAAACUGAAACUCCAGAAGAAUUCUCUCCUCGGUUUGCGAGAGCUGGAAGUUCUUCAUCUUUUCAAUCUCGAAAUAUCGAGCCUUGAACGCUUCAUUCUCCAGGGAAUGCCGGCCCUCCAGGAGCUAAAAAUGCGGGGAAAUAUCACGAAUGUGGAAUUUGAUGCCUUUAUUGACCUGAUCAAACUGACUGAUUUAGAUCUCAGUCAUUGCCACAUUCGGCAAAUAUCGAUGGAUGCUUUUUACGGUUUGGAGAACGUAAACCGGAUCGAUUUGUCAUACAAUGAUCUGGAAUACGUUCCGCCUGGUCUGUUCAGUCUCGAGGAGCAAAAGAAUCUCCGCGAAAUCAUUCUGAGUAAAAACAGACUGACCUCUUUACCAAAUGAUUUUUUCAAAGGCCUGCGAAUUCUAAAUAAACAGCCGCAGAUUCAGAAUUUGAGAUUGGACGGAAAUCCGUGGGACUGUUCUUGCGCAAUGACCAAUUGGAAUCCGCAUUUGGUGAAUAAGACUCGAGAAACGACUCCGAGAUGUUUUACACCAAAGUCGGUGCAAAAUUGGGGAGUUUUUCAUGCACUGCGUAAAGGAGGACUGCAGUGUAAAAGAUUCAAGAGGAAAAAUUCCCGCAAGUCUAGCAAACUGCCGGAUUACGAGGAGAAUAAUAUUAGUUAAUUAUUUCCUGCUAGUUUGUAAUUUUGGCAUGGCAGUGUACAACUCUAUAUUGAUAAGAAAGAGUCGAAAUAAACAUAAAAUGUUGAGGAAAAACUUAAAA